CAUUAGACGCCUCGGCUCGAGCAGCAGGAGUGGGAAGGGUUUUUGGUGAACUUCCUGGUAGUUCUGGGUGUAGCUGUCCUUCAAUGACAGAAAAGGAAAGGGGAAAUUGCCAUACCACUCCCACAGUGGAUCAAGGGGAACCGAAUCUCGGCAGAAGCUGCACACUGACAGACAGCUGGCUCCGUUAACGCUGUUCUACUUCUACCUCGAGUCCUGGUUAUGGGAGUGACCGGGGUUUCCUGCGGGUGAACGGCUGGAUACGGUGCGCUGUGCUAGAAACCGCAGCUGUAGCAGAGUCCACUGUGGGCAAACCGCUGGGAGUGGUAGUGGGAGGGUCGGGAAGAACCCGGCAGGACUGGGCCACAGCAGACUGACAGAGAAGGAGCUGACCGGGUUGACGGUAUCACACAACGCGGGGACUGAACGCAAACCACAGGUCUGUCGCGUCUCCUUUUGAACGGAGGAACUCACGUUGUUUUUGACCUCAGGUGGUGGCGAGUGACGGGGUCCGGGCUAUGAUGGAGUCGGCCCUGACAGCCAGAGACCGGGUGGGAGUGCAGGAUUUCGUCCUGCUGGAGAACUACACCAGCGAGGCGGCCUUCAUAGAGAACCUGCGAAAACGCUUCAAGGAGAACCUGAUCUAUACUUACAUCGGUUCUGUGCUGGUAUCAGUGAACCCAUAUAAAGACCUGGAGAUCUACACCAAGAACCACAUGGAGCGAUACCGUGGCGUCAACUUCUACGAGGUUUCUCCACACAUCUAUGCGGUGUCAGACAAUGCGUACCGCUCCAUGAGGACAGAGCGGAAGGACCAGUGCAUCCUGAUCUCAGGGGAGAGCGGCGCUGGGAAGACGGAAGCGUCCAAAAAGAUCCUGCAGUACUACGCCGUCACCUGUCCAGCCAGCGAACAAGUGCAGACCGUCAAAGAUCGUUUGCUGCAGUCCAACCCAGUGCUGGAGGCCUUUGGGAAUGCAAAGACGUUGCGUAACGACAACUCCAGCCGCUUUGGCAAGUACAUGGACAUUCAGUUUGACUUUAAGGGGGCUCCGGUUGGCGGCCACAUCAUCAACUACCUACUGGAGAAGUCCCGGGUGGUCCACCAGAACCAUGGGGAGAGAAACUUCCACAUUUUCUAUCAGAUGAUCGAAGGAGGCGAAGAAGACCUGCUGCGACGGCUUGGCCUGGAGAGGAACACCCAGCAGUAUCAGUACCUGGUUAAGGGCAACUGUCCCAAAGUGAGCUCCAUCAACGACCGCAGCGACUGGAAGGCGGUGAGAAAAGCCCUGACUGUCAUUGGCUUCAAUGACGAUGAAGUGGAGGAGCUGCUGAACAUAAUCGCCAGUGUGCUUCACCUCGGGAAUGUGCAAUACAGUGAGGAAGAAGGCUACGCCCACAUUACGUCAGAUACGCAGAUCAAGUACCUUGCCAGGUUGUUGGGGGUGAAUGGUACGGUGCUGACAGAGGCACUCACACAUAAGAAGAUAAUUGCCAAGGGAGAGGAGCUCGUGAGCCCUCUGAACAUGGAGCAGGCGUCGUCGGCUCGGGAUGCUCUGUCCAAGGCGGUGUACGGACGCACCUUCACCUGGCUGGUCAACAAAAUCAACACCUCGCUGACAUACAAGAAUGAAUCUCAUAAGAACUCAUCUGUUAUCGGUCUGUUGGACAUCUACGGCUUUGAGGUUUUCCAGCACAACAGCUUUGAGCAGUUUUGCAUCAACUACUGCAACGAGAAGCUGCAGCAGCUCUUCAUCGAGCUCACCUUGAAGUCAGAGCAGGAGGAGUACGAAGCUGAAGGCAUCACAUGGGAGCCGGUCCAGUAUUUCAACAACAAGAUCAUCUGUGACCUGGUGGAGGAGAAGUUCAAAGGCAUCAUCUCCAUCCUGGAUGAGGAGUGUCUGAGACCUGGAGAUGCCAGCGACUUCACCUUCUUGGAGAAGCUGGAGGACACAUUGGGGGGACACCCGCACUUCGUCACUCACAAGCUGGCGGACGGAAAGACCAGGAAGGUGAUGGGCCGAGAGGAAUUCAGGCUGCUGCACUACGCUGGGGAGGUCAACUAUAACGUUAACGGAUUUUUGGACAAAAACAACGAUCUUCUCUUCAGGAAUUUAAAAGAGGUUAUGUGCAUGUCUGAGAACAAGAUUCUGACGCAGUGUUUUGACCGGGACGAGCUGAGUGACAAGAAACGUCCUGACACGGCAGCCACCCAGUUCAAAGCCAGUCUGGCGAAACUCAUGGAGAUCCUCAUGUCCAAGGAGCCGUCGUAUGUCCGCUGCAUCAAGCCCAAUGACUCCAAACAAGCAAGUCGGUUUGACGAGGUGCUGAUCCGUCACCAGGUCAAGUAUCUGGGACUGAUGGAGAACCUGAGGGUGAGGAGGGCUGGAUUCGCUUACAGGCGGCGCUAUGAGAUCUUCCUACAGAGGUAUAAGUCCCUGUGCCCAGAGACAUGGCCUAACUGGAAUGGAAAGCUGUCUGAUGGUGUGUCCACACUUGUCAAACACAUGGGAUACAAGCCUGAGGAGUACAAACUGGGAAGAUCCAAAAUCUUCAUCCGCUUCCCAAAGACUUUGUUUGCCACUGAGGAUGCACUGGAGACCAGAAAACAUGGCCUUGCGACCAAGCUACAGGCGGGAUGGAAAGGCUACUGCCAGAAGACCAAAUACCAAAAACUCAGGACCUCAGCCAUUGCGAUCCAGGCUUGGUGGCGGGGCGUCCUGGCGAGGAGGAAGGCCCAGCACCGGCGACAGGCAGCUAACACUAUACGCAGGUUUAUCAAAGGCUUCAUCUACCGACACAAAGAACGCUGUCCAGAGAACGAGUAUUUCCUGGACUACGUGCGUUAUUCCUUCCUCAUGAAUCUGCACAGGAACCUUCCCAAGAACGUCCUCGACAAAAGCUGGCCCACACCUCCGGCUGCUCUGACUGAGGCAUCAGAGCUUCUGCGCAAGAUGUGCAUGCAGAACAUGGUGUGGAGUUACUGCAAGAAGAUCAGCUCUGAGUGGAAACACCAGAUGGAGCAGAAAAUGAUUGCAAGCGAGAUCUUCAAGGACAAGAAGGACAACUACCCACAGAGUGUUCCCAAGCUGUUUGUCGGCACAAGACUCAAUGGAGAGGAUAUCAACCCCAAAGCAAUACAAGCUCUGGGCAGUGAGAAGAUGAAGUACGCAGUGCCGGUCACCAAGUAUGACAGGAAGGGCUACAAGUCUCGGUCUCGGCAGCUGCUCCUCACUUCCAACAGUGCCAUCAUCAUCGAGGAGGGCAAACUCAAACAGCGCAUCGAUUACGGAGCCCUGAAAGGCAUCUCAGUCAGCUCUCUUAGUGAUGGUUUGUUUGUUCUGCAUGUGCCCAGUGAGGACAACAAACAAAAGGGGGACGUGGUUUUGCAGAGCGACCAUGUGAUCGAGACCCUGACUAAGAUCGCCAUCUGUGGCGACAAAAUCAACAGCAUCAACAUCAACCAGGGCAGUAUAAAGUUUACAGCAGGUAAUGGGAAAGAAGGGAUUAUAGACUUCACGCCCGGGUCAGAACUACACGUGGAAAAGGCAAAGAACGGACACUUGUCUGUGACGGCUCCGAGACUGAACUCCAGAUGAUGGCCACCCUGACCGGAUGUAGCAGGAACCCCCUAAGCUCCUCAUCCUCCAAUCACGUGAACGCAGACCUCACUCUGCCUUAGCCAAUCAGACGCCACCUGUCUCUACAUUUGCGGGCUUGUGCAUACAAUUAAAAUUUUAAACCAAAAAACAGAUAAAAAUCUAGCUAAACUAAUGGAUAUAUUUAUGUUUAUAUAUAAUAUUUUUGAGAUUAAUACUUUUGCUGUUUGAAUAUUCUGAUUUUAUAUAUACAUAUAUUAUAUAUCUAUAUAUGUAUAUGUAUAAGGCCAAGGAAUAACAAAUAUUUCUGGUGCGUUUUUCUUGCACCUUGCCUGCUUAUUGUGCUUUAUUCAGGAGCGAGAACACAGUGAGCGACAGACUAGACUCAGAUACCAAGGAGAACAGUUUCCGGAGAAGAUCAGAGUAACCUGUUGCUGUUUUUAUUAUUUGCUUUCUAAUUCUAAUUUGCUUAAUUUCUGCUUUUCUGGGCAAGAUGACUUAUUGUUAUGAAGGUGCACAGAUCAAGGCUGGAAGCAUGGAGAGCAGAUGAGGAAGGGCAAAGUGGUGAGGAAAAGAAAUUCAUCAGUAGGCCUAGAACACAGAAACAGCUGCUGUAGUUUGCUGAAAAGGCUGCAUGAAGAUGACCAAAGUAAGUGAAAUGUGGAUAAGAGAACGGUAGAAAAAAAAAACACGAUAAAGCACAGCCAUGUUUUACCUUGCAGCCUGGUUUUUAUUUUCAUUGGUUAAUUU